AUGACGGCGGGCCGAGGCAGCGACGCAACACCACGACCAGCACCGCCAGUGGCUGCGGACGUAGACGACGGCACCUGCCCCAUCCCGGGUGCAGACCUCUGGCGGUUCUUCGACGGUGUUAACACACCACGCCAGGAGUUCGCUCCGGAUGCAACGGUGGGAGCCACCUUCCGCUCGGCGAUGGCGCGACUGCCGACUGCAUCGAAGUCCCGGGAGCUGCUCACGGAGGCACCAACGCUGAACAACAUCGAGACACAGCUCAAUCACGUCUGUGGCGCCUCCAGCCCCGGCCUCGACAGUGUGGGAUACGACGUGUACCAGCGCUUCGCAGCAAAAUCGCAACCGGUGCUGGCUGCAUCCUUCCAGAAGUGCUGGGAGUCCAAACAGGUACCCCAGAGCUGGAAGCUCGGGGUAGUACGCCUCCUCCACGAGAAGGGCCCACGUGGAGACCCAGUGAACUGGAUGCCCAUAUGCCUCCAGCAAUAA